UUGCUGGCAUCAAGUGCUUUAGCACUCGAAGUUACUGAAGAUACCACAGAAGUAGGUACUAUUUCUCUUGAUGUUGGAGACAUUACAGUUGACGCUGGCGUCUACUACUCUAUCAUAAACAACGCUCUUUCUGCCAUCGUGGGUAAUCUUGAUGUUGAAGGUUCCUUCUACAUUACCAGUACAUCUGAUUUGAUUGCAUUGACCGUCACACUUGACGGUGUAAUCAACUCCAUCGUGAACAAUGGUCUUGUUUCUUUUAAUUCUGCUGAAUCUUUGACUGCUCCUACUUAUCAAUUGGCCGGUAUUUCCUUCGAAAACAACGGUGAAUUCUACUUAGGGGGAGAUGGUUCUGUGGGUGUCCCAAUAAUGGCAAUUACUUCUCUUACGUUUAACAACAAUGGUUUAAUGGUAUUCUACCAAAACCAAAGAUCCACUGGUGUAGUCACUCUUGGUGCUCCAGCUGCUACUAUUCACAACAACGGUCAAAUUUGUCUUUACAACGAGAUAUACCAACAAACAACUGCUGUUGAUGGUACGGGUUGUAUCACCGCCCAGGCUGACUCCAGUGUUUUCAUUUCCAAUGCAUUGGUUCCAUUCGCUCAAACUCAAACCAUCUACUUGGAAUCUGACACAGCCAGUGUGAGAGCAACUGCUAUCAGUACUCCUCAAACAUUCACAGUUGCAAACUUCGGUAACGGAAAUAUCAUUGGUUUAGAUAUUCCUCUUGUUACUCUUCCUGGUUUGUCAUCGUACAGUUACGAUGCAACAAGUGGUAUCUUGACCCUUCGUGGUGCUGGAUUAUUAUCCCAAAAAUUCGAUAUUGGUACUGGUUACGACACAACCUUGUUCCUGAUCACCACAGAUCCUGGUCUUGGAUUGGUCUCAGUGCCUCUUGGUGCUGUUACAUACUCUGGCCCUCCUCCUACUCCAGGUCAACCAGAUGCUUGUCAGGCUUGUAAGCCAUUGCCCCCAACUGCUACUCCAGGUGCUGAACCAACUGAAUACACAACAACCUUCACAACCACCGAACCUGAUGGAUCAGUGGAAACCGAAAGUGGUGUCGUAUUGAUUUCUACUGAUGAUUCCGGUAGCUGGUUCACAACAACUUCUCUCUUCCCAGAAUCAACAGCUGAACCAACUGAAUACACAACAACCUUCACAACCACCGAACCUGAUGGAUCAGUGGAAACCGAAAGUGAACCUUCGAAUGCUGAACCAACUGAAUACACAACUACUUUCGCAACCACCGAACCUGAUGGAUCAGUGGAAACCGAAACCGCUACUCCUGCUUCUGUUGCCAAACCAGCCACAACUGUUGCUGCUAAGCCAGAAACUACUGCUGGUGCUCCAGCUCCAGAAGCUGCUAAUCCAGAAACUACUGCUGUUCCUUCUGUUUCUGCAGUUGCUCCUUCUCCAGCUGAACAACCAUCUUCUGUAUCUACAUUCGAAGGUGCUGCCUCGUUG